UACAGGCUUAACUUAGAAUACAGAGACUCAGCUCUCUACGAGUAACUCAGUUUAUGGCGGUCAUGGAGAUUCCUCUCUGUCUCCAUCGAGAUCAUGAUCGAUAUCAUGCAUUCUAGCGGGGCUCUACUACCGAGACAAGCAGCAGCAGCAGCAGCAGCAGCAGCAUCGGUAGAUCACCCCAACGACAGUCGAGCUCCACACAUCCUCGCCAUUAUCGGAUCCCUGACAGGUCUAUCGGGCUUACUGGUCGCGUUACGCUGCUACGUGCGCCUCUUUGUCCUCCGCAAGUUUCUCCCAGAUGAUGGAGUGAUCGUUGUAUCCUUGUUAUGCGCCUUCGGGGUCCUAGCUUGCUUCGUUGGUGAGUCACACCAUGGAGUCGGCCUCUAUUCCGACGAUAUAAAGCCGGGAGAUUUCCAGAUCCUCAGCGAGUACAUGUUCUACCACGCCAUUGUCAUAGUGCUUGGUAUAAGCCUGGUCAAGGUUUCGUUGGCGCUCUUCUUGCUCCGGUUUGCUUCGCCCAAUAAAAGCCUGAAACGGUUCAUUAUCGGGGCGCUUGUGUUUCUUAUUAUCUUUACCAUUGCGUGUAUCUUGACGUUGAUCUUCCAGUGUCUUCCAGUCCGGGCGGCUUGGGAUUUCUCAUUAAGACAGAAUGCCAUGUGUUACUCGAUGAAGACUUAUCUGUCAAUUGGAGAAUUCAAUAGUGCAAUCAACAUCGCGACGGACUUUGUAUUCGCGACACUACCCGCAUUCAUGUUCUACAAGGUUCAAGUAAACAAACGGACCAGGGUCUCGUUGAUGGGUAUCCUCAGCCUUGGUUACUUCGCCUGCGCAGCCGGAAUUGUGAAGACCGUUCUCCAGAGCCAAAUCUUCGACGAGCCAGAUCCAUAUCGUGAAUGCCAAUACCUCAUUUGGAAUUGCAUCGAACUAAAUGUCGGUAUCAUUGCCGCGUCGUUCCCGACUAUCAAGCCCCUCGUGAAAUCUGUCAUCGGGACGACGCUGAGUUUCACUAGUGGUGUGCGCAGCGGGAAACGCAACGGACAAGGAUAUCAUGGGCGGUCGAGUUAUAUUAUGCAUUCGCUUCAGCAGAACCGGACCGUGAACGAAGACCAGAAGUAUAGUGUUCAGAUCGGGACCCUUGAUGGAUCUGAUAGGGGGAGUGAAGAGAACUUGACUCAGCGACCUCGUCGUGGGUCUCUGUCGAGGAUAAUACAGACUACGGAGGUGAUUGUGCAUAGUGAGGAAAGUGCUGAUCUUGGGGUUAUGAGGAUUGGACCGGCGAGGACUGUUGAUGAUCGUGUAUGACCUUUAUUUGUUCGUCUAUUAUGCUGGCUUUCGUUGGUGGAAAAAAAAAGUAUGCUGUUUAGUAGCAUCAGGACGGGUUAUAUACUGUACAGUUAAUGGGCUUGCCUGGUAUGUAAUGUGACAGGGACUGGUCGAUCCUCGAAUUAAUCAAAUCAUCAAAAAGCAAAGAACACAUCAUUAAGCGCCUGGGCUCCUCGCCAAAAUGGCUGUACAUCAAAGAAAAGGAUCACGGAAGACCUCUCACGGGUAAAUCAAGCAGUACCAGGGAAUUGGAAGUACUCAAAAAUAUAUUUCAGAAGGGAAAACAGGACAGGUUGGAACAAGACUACUACCGUGACACCUUCUCUUCUUCGAUCUGUCUUCGUAGGUCGGCGAGUACCUCAUUCCGGUUGGCAA